GGAGCCGGCGGGCGGGCGGGCGGCGGCAGGAGCCGGCAGCGGCCCCGCGCGUCCCCACCCCGCCGCUGACGGCGCCCAGCCCACGCCCCAGCCACGCCCCGGCCACGCCCCGUCGGUCCCAGGCGUCAGAUUGUCCUUCGAAGAUUAAUGUACAUUUAUCUCAGUAUUUUACAUCUGUUGACAGUUGGGGUAGAGAUGGCUCAGCUCCCACAAGGAGGCCCCGAUGAAAAAGAGAAGACUACUGCAUUAAAGGAUUUAUUGUCUAGAAUAGACUUGGAUGAACUAAUGAAAAAAGAUGAGCCACCACUUGAAUUUCCUGAUACUCUGGAAGGAUUUGAGUAUGUCUUUAAUGAAAAAGGACAGUUAAGACACAUAAAAACUGGGGAACCAUUUGUUUUUAAUUAUCGUGAAGAUUUGCAUAGAUGGAACCAAAAGCGCUAUGAAGCUCUCGGAGAGAUCAUUACUAAAUAUGUUUAUGAACUACUGCAAAAAGAAUGCCACUUGAAGAAAGUAACUCUCCCAGUUGACGCAACUGAGAGUGAACCAAAGAGCUUUAUAUUUAUCAGUGAAGAUGCAUUAACAAAUCCUGAUAAGCUGUUGGUCCUCAUUCAUGGUAGUGGCGUUGUCAGAGCAGGUCAGUGGGCUAGGAGACUUAUAAUUAACGAAGAUCUGGACAGUGGCACGCAGAUACCGUAUAUAAAGAGAGCUAUUGAGGAAGGCUAUGGAGUAAUAGUACUGAAUCCCAAUGAGAACUAUAUUGAAGUGGAGAAGACAAAAGCCCAAGUACAGCUGUCUUCUGAUGGCUCAGAUGAACCUGCAGAAAAGAGGGAAAGAAAAGAUAAAAUCCAGAAAGAAACAAAGAAGCGACGUGACUUCUACGAAAAGUAUCGAAAUCCGCAAAAAGAAAAAGAAACUAUGCAGGUGUAUAUUAGAGAUAAUGGAUCUCCUGAAGAACACGCAAUUUAUGUUUGGGACCAUUUUAUUUCCCAGUCAGCUGCAGAGAACGUGCUUUUUGUUGCUCACAGUUAUGGUGGACUUGCCUUUGUAGAGUUGAUGAUUCAACGAGAGACAGAAGUAAAGAAUAAGGUAACUGCUGUGGCGUUGACAGACUCUGUUCACAAUGUGUGGCACCAAGAAGCUGGGAAAACUAUUCGAGAGUGGAUGCGAGAGAACUGCUGCAACUGGGUGUCCAGCUCGGAGCCCCUGGACACCUCGGUGGAGUCCAUGCUGCCGGACUGUCCCCGCGUCUCUGCAGGUACAGAGCGCCAUGAGCUGACUUCCUGGAAGAGUUUUCCAUCCAUUUUCAAGUUCUUCAGCGAGGCGAUAGAGGCAAAGAACAGCUCGGUGAAACCAACCCCAACGCGGCGCUCCACCAGGAUAAAAUACGAAGAAUUGUAAAAGGGGAGGGGCGGGGGGGGGGAACAAAACAUAAAAAAAACCCCAAACCAACACCACCACCAAGCUCUUCGCUGCUUGUUUCUGCAAGCAGUCUCCCAGCCCCUCAUUAGAUUGUUUUCUUCCUAGAGCACAGGGUCGUGAUGUAUACAUCUAAAUAGCGUUUUGCAUUAUUUCUAGAUGAGUGCAACUGUCAAAGCAAUAUGGGUUCACUGGUUGUGCUUCCUGUGGGCUGUAACUUGGAUUUCGUGCUGCCCAUCAGCGCGCAGAUUAAGGCUGACAGUGGUACUGCACAGUGCAGCAUGGUGCAGCUCUAAUUGCCCUGACAUAGCCCUGCACCAAGGCGAUGCCAGAAUUUAACAGCUUCGUCGUGGUCCUAUCGCCUGCAGGAUUUUUUGCUGCUUCCUUCUAUUUUGAGACAGAACAAAACAAGAAGUACUCUUUUCUGAAAGACCACUCCAACUCAGAAGUGCUAACCAGCCUGUGAUUUUACACCCAGCAGCCUUCUCUUUCUCUGGGACCAAGUGGGAUCAACUCUUGACUCUCUUUUUCUGCUGGUAGGAGGGUCCACACAGUUUGGUCCAGAUUUAUAGGAAGGCCCCUUUGUUGUAGAGAUUUUCUCCUCCUGCCAGAUCAAUGGCAUUAUCUGUAGAUCUUCUCUUCCUUUUGAAAGCUCCACUUAAAAAAUGCCUAUUCACUAACUGGCUGGAUCACACUGUGAAAUAUGACAGCAAAAAAAAAAAAAAAAAAAAAAAAAGAGAGACACAUUGCACAUUUUCCUGUUUAUUUUUAAAUGCAAAGAAAGAUGCUUCCGUUUUCAUACGCCAGGUUUGUAAGGACUUGCCAUCCCGUGGUUAUUCCCCUUUUUCCCGAAGCUUACGGGUUCAUUGCCGCUUUCCCAGGCGCUGGGACGGCGGGGCGCAGCCCCCCCCUGCAUGGGGACCCCUCGCCACGCGUGGGGCGGGGGUGGGGGAUGUGGCUGUAGCCACCACCGUCGCUGUCGGCGGCUUUUCUCCGCUAAAACGUCUGAUAAGCGACAAGAUGUGCCUGAUAGCGUGCCCGGCGAGCGAGCGCGCUAAUUAAGCUCCUUUAGUGUUGAUGAUGCGAAAUUAAAGUCAUCUCUUCUUCAGUAGCCGUGCCCGCCUCGCCUCUGAUGCCGUUAGUGCCGAGGAGGCAACACUCGAACACACGGGUUUGGGACCCCCGUCCCACCACCCCCGCCGUGUAAUGCUUCCCAUCCCGCAGCUAGGGGCCGGGGAUGGAGGGGGGGGGAGAGCGUUAAAACGAGGUGAUGCCGUAGCCGGGGCACCCCGCUCCGUGGGGAGGCUGCCAGGGGUAAGCACGGCCGGGUUUGGGGCGAAAUCCUCCGGUUGGGGGGCUCUCCAUCCCUGCCUGCUCGUAGGGGCGGCAGGGUUUCCUUUCCCCGCCGCCCCCCCGGCUCCAUCCACCUCUUCCCUUUCCAAGCAUCGCCUCCCCCCCGCCAGCCUCCGGGCGGGGGUGGGGGUCAGGCCGUGCCUACGCGGAGGACAGCGCAAAAUCCGCUCCCGGCGUUUUUUCUUCCCGGAGAGCAACCUGUUGCUGUGGGGGGGAGACGUCCGGGCUCCGGGAGAGGGUGGAGGGGGGGGACGGGACACACGAGGUGGAGUCUCCGGGGUGCCAAAUGUCGCGGGAACGGAUCUAUUUUUUCAAGUGUCGCUGAGAAACGUAAUGUACAAAAAUUUCUACUGUAAUGAUUGCCCUUUUUUUUUUUUUUUUUUUUUUUAAGGCUUUUUCUUUACCGUGCCCCUGGCCCGGCUGGCGUUACCGCUUCUGUAGGGGGCUGUAAAGCACGGGGGGGGGGGGGGGGCCUCGCCACGGG